CACUCGAAUAGACAGCGAAGGUUUGGAUGUCGGUUAGCAUCAACCUUGGCCUGUUGGCAAAUGCUGACGACAGAAAAAUAUUAAACGAUCAAAAAGGUUAUUUUUUAUUGUUAAAUUGGUUUCCCUUAUUCUUAAGAGAAAUUUCUGUUGAAUUCUUUAAGGAGAUUAAAUUAAUUAUGGUUCACAAAUGCCGGUGGUUUACGUUUUGAUUGAAGUAAAUCGAUUGAUCAAGUUUCACUUCCGUGUACUUUCUUCAGCACUCAAUCUGUUAUGGCCGUUUCAAAAACAAACACCGACUCUAUAAGCUUAUUAUCGAGUGGGAGUAAUUCACCGACAUGGAGAAGUUGUAGUUAUUGUCUUAACAAAAUAUUCAAAACAUCAGCAGAAUUUACAAGACACUUGAGAGAUGAUCAUUGCAGUCAGGAAGGUGGUUCAUUUGUUUGUCGGUAUGGCUAUAAUGGAGUAUGUACAUCAUUACCAGUUGAAGGGGUGAGCGAUAGAGACUAUGAAGACCAUGUUAUGAAACACCAUGCUAAAACACAGGAUGGAAAAGAUGCAGGCAUUUUGUGUGGGAUGACACCUUCUCCGCUUCAAGGGCAUCUCUAUAGAUUAAGCUUGCUGUCAGAUGGGCCAGCUUGGAAUGUCAAUGCAGCUUGCCAAAACAUGGCAGCAAUUUUAAAUGAUCCAAAAAAAGGGAAACAGAAGGAUUUCUUUACUAGAACAUGGGGCGAUGGAUUUGUAGAAAACACUACUAUUCCUGAAAGUCUCCUACUACCCAUUGUUGAUGAAGCUUAUUUCACACCAUACCUUAAGAAAAUUUCCAAAAGAUACAAAAAGUCUUCGAAAAAGUCCAGUGUAACAUUAGCAACUGAACAAAUUACAACAAGAUCAACACUGAAACCCAUUGAUGGAAAUGAGGGUGACUUUAGUGUUAUUCCACAAACUUUCUUGCAGCCUACAUUUAACCUAAGCCAACCAGAUACCUUUCACAAAGUUUUCCCCUUCAUCAAAGAGUCAGGAUUAUCGCACGUUUUGGGAACGGGGAAAACACUCCAAGAAAAACUGAGCUAUUAUUUGGACUUGAUAGAGAUGCAAAUAGCUCAUCAAAUUUCUCAUAAAUCGGAAGACUUCUUCCAGGCUGUUGCUUCGCAUGAUGCCGUACGGGAGGAAUUAGGCAAAGCGCUGACGGCAGUUAAAGCCUUAAGACUCAAAGUCAAUCAUGUUGAUGCUACGCAUGUUCAGGGGUCGUUGAAAGUAUUACAACGGCAAGUUGCUCGGCAGAAUUAUGCAAUUGUUUAUCGUAAACUAAAACUAAUGGCGACUGUGCAUCAAACCCAGCCGACUAUACAGCUUCUCCUCUCUACUUCUGAUUUCGUCGGUGCGUUGGAUCUUAUUGGGACCACACAAGAGGUCGUACAACAAGAACUGAUGAGCAUUCACUGUUUCCGUUAUCUGAGCUCACAGUUGAAAGAAAUGGAGAAUCUUAUCGAAAAUUUGCUUUCAAACGAGUUUGAACGCCUCACUACCGCCGAACUUAAUCGACCCCUCAAAGAAGAUGUAUUAGUUACAGAAGAAGAUAGAUUGACUGCUGUUCUCUACGGCAUGUUACGACAGAGGCGUUAUAACUUCAUUGAAUUAUUUAAAGAUGAAGGAUUGACCGCCAUGAAAGCCUUGAUGAAACAAACUAUUGUAGAAGCUCUUGCAGCCAACGACACCGAUGUUGAAAGAGGUUCUAUGCUCUACGAGCAGCUCAAGCAUUUAAACUUUGUGUCAUGGACCAAUUUGAUGCAGCGAUGUAUGACAAGUUUGAAAGCUCUGCUCAACCGCAUUCGUGCCAUUCAUGACAUCAUGGCCCUUGUACUUGCCACGGAAACAAGCCGUCAAGAAGAGGUUGUGGUAACUGAAGAUGAUAGACAGAGACUACAGCAGUCAUUAAAAGAAAUGAUACAGUCACUUUGUGAUUCUGCACAUGAUCAGUGCGGACGUCUUUUAUCAUCGCGUACCAAAGAUGGGGCUUUAUUAGAAAGGGUUUCUUCCCAGGAAUUUGUGGCUCUGGCAAAGCUGAUAGAGACUUUUGUGUUGGAUUGUCAAAAUAUAAGUGGACACAAAUCCAUGGGUUUGAGAUUAGCAUUUCAGGGUCAAGCUACGCGUUUCGUUCAAAAAUUCCACGAAGAACGUCGUUCUAAAUUGGGUGCUGUCUUGGACAGUGAACGCUGGAGGCAGGCGGAAAUAACACCGGAUAUCCAAGCAAAUGUUGACAACUUUUUCGGUUCACCUAGUGAUGCUACUGCCGCCCCAUUCAAAAGCCACCCUGUUUCAGAAAAGAUUAUAGUAAGAGGCGAGUCGUACGUGGUGGUGGGUGCAGCCUUAUUCUUCCUUCCUCAAUUGUUGGAGUACUGCAAUUGCGUGGACAAUCUUCCGACAGCUGCGCCAGAUUUGCUCACUCGUUUGGUGGAGUUAUUAAAAACCUUUAAUUCCCGCACUUGUCAAUUAGUGCUAGGAGCUGGUGCUCUUCCUUUAGUUGGUCUGAAGACUAUUUCAAGUCGUAAUUUAGCACUUGCGUCACGCAGUCUGCAGCUGAUUGCUUUAUUCAUUCCAUUACUCAAGGCCCACUUUGAAGAGAGACUUGCACCUAAGCAGAAGACAAUGAUCAAACAUUUUGAUCAAGCUCUUAAGGACUUCACCGAUCACAUAGCGGAAAUUGAAAAUAAACUUCUCACUCUCUUAAGUGAAAUGGCUGAAAGUUACCUUUCUUCUUGGGAAAUUAAGCCUCCUGUCCCUUCCGUUGCCUUUCGAGCGAUCAGCAAACAAAUGGCGAAACUUCACGAAGCUAUCAAUCCCAUCUGGCCCAGCAACGAUGUCCAAAAUUUUUAUAGUAAAUUUAAUGCCUCCCUUAAAAAAUCAUUGCAACAUCAUAUCUCCAAGCAUGGUGUUCAAAAUAACGGAGGCCCACAGCAUGGACUGGUGACGUCUGAGCUGAUAUUUUACGUUUCGAGUCUCAAAUCUCUGAAUGUCUUACGCGAUGAUGAGACAGUGGAAGUAUUUUCAAAAGAUUUAUGGAACGUUCCGCGAUGAUUCGAUCUCGACUGGAGUUUCAACUUCUUGCUCGUCACACCCUUCUGCUGCGAUAGACCAAAUGAAGCGACUUGAAUUGGACUUUUUUAUUCUUAGCCAGUUCGCUUAUUGAUCGAAUUUUCAAUGAGUGCAGCUUAGAGCACAGACAAAAGAGCAAGCUAACGCAUUUCUAGUCGUCUCUAUUUUAUUUGUUGUUUUGUUUUUGGCAACUCAAUGUAAAAAUCAAUUUGAUUCUUUACGUUGCACGAAAAACAUAUUUCCAUACAAGUUGCCAAUCGCGAACUAUCAUUGCCAGGCUGGAAAUAUUUUCUGCCGGUUGACUGGCUUAUGGGCUUGUGGCAGUAAAAGUUAUGUUGCAAGUCACUUGAUUUGUAGUUUUACAUAGUUAGUUGGGGUUGCAAAGAGAGACGAUUAUAUCCUGUAUAAAAAAAUAUACGCAUCGAUGAAUUAAACAUCGAUGUAAAAGAAAAAUAUUGUUUGACUGUAUUUCUCUUCUAUCGUUUUAAAUAUUUCGUUGAAGUUAGCUUUUUGUUUCGCUAGAGGGCUUAAAGUUGGAAAAAACAAGCAGACAGCGUGUUGCAACGCUAAUUCUCAUAUGCUUUUGCGCCUUCCAAAGUCCAAUUUAUUUUACAUGUCCUAGACAGUUUUCGAGUUUCAAUAAGUUCCAACAAUAUUCUAAACAUGGAUUCAGAUUUGUGUACAAUUUACUGUGGGAGUCUAUCGCCUAAAGUUACAGAGGAAAUACUUCAUGAACUUUUCUUACAGGCGGGGCCCUUGAAAUGCGUAAAAAUACCCAAAACUCCUCAAGGUGAAUCAAAAUUGUUUGGAUUCGUCGAAUAUCAACAUGAAUGUUCAGUGGACUAUGCUAUACAACUCUUUCACCAUACUACCCUUUUUGGUCAGGAACUUCAACUUAAAAGGAGGAAACCAAAUAAUCCUGAGCGGGUUCCCAGUUUAUCAUUUCCUGGAAUGCAUCGUACAACCAGCCUUCCAAUCAUGAUGAACUUCCCUAUGCAGCCACAUCCAUUGUUUUUUAGACCACCAUUUAUAGCAGGUUUCAUGAAUCCACCAAUAAACAUGCUCAACUUUGGACUUGGAAUGUCACCAGCUGUCCCACCGAUGCCUACCCACAUCCGCUUUGAUGUUGAAGGCUUACCAAUAACAGAUUCCAACCUUAUUCCAGCCAUAUUUCACGGACAAUACAAAAAUUCAUUUGUGGCACCACAUCACAGCACAGUUCGAUCAAAAGAGAGGCAUCAAGAUUCAUCUACCUCAUCAAAUCAGGAUGUCAACAAUAAAAGAAGACAUGAUAAUCACAACAAUGGUAACAACAGCAAUCAUUCGUUAAAUCCAGAGGAGAAAAAAUCGAAAUAUUCAAAUUCAGAGAAGCGCGAAAGUGUCCAAGAUGAAGGUCAAUAUCGAUCAAGUAAUUUUAGAGAAGGUAGGCGUUAUCAAGGAGGUGACCACCGAUCGAGUAAAACAGAUCAUUUGGAAGUUUAUCAAGAUGGUAAACGUCACCGCGGGGAUGAUCAUCAGCGGAGCAGAUCUCACCACGAUGAUGGGCAUCAACAUAGCAGAUCUCGUCGCGAUAGAUCUUAUAAUCAAGAUCGGCAUCACAAUAACUAUUAAACAACAUGACCUCUUUCAGUGACAAAUAGUUCAAAUAAUUCGGGAAAUAUUUCCUUGUGCUGUUUUUUGUAUUGUAUUAAUGAAUUGUGCGUUUUUCAAUACCUACAAAAUCGCCUGUUUUGACUCACCUGAAUCAGUGUUUUCUCAAACGUCUACCUUUGUCACUACAGCAGCAUUUCAAAUGGGAAAAAAAAUCCAUUUUUAAGAAAUAAAUACCGUCGCCCAUGUA